AUGCUACUUUCCAGCCACGUCUAUGAGCUUUCAUUUAAAGUGAAGCAAUGCAUCCGUAACGACUCUGUGGCUUAUUUUAAUCCAUUUCCCCCAACUUUAGAAAUGUAUUAGUGAUUUGAUUCAGUUUUCUUCGAUCGAUUGGUUCAUUCGUUAUCCGUUUCUCUGUUAUUUGAAAUUUGACCUUAAACAUGGAAUUGCUUCGAUGAUCGAUCUCAUAUUAUUGAGAUUCGAUCUUGCUUAUAUGAGUUUAUUUGGUUUUGAGACUCCGAUUUAACUCGGUGAGAUGUCUGUGCUGUUUGUUUUUAUUUCUAGGGUGGAUUUUUCGUAUUCUUGGAGGUUGAAAAUGUAUAUGGUGGAGAGCAAAGAAGGUGCUAUAGCAUGUAUGCUGUUUGCGCUUUUCUUUUUGGGAACAUGGCCAGCGCUCUUGACUCUCCUGGAACGACGGGGGCGUCUUCCUCAGCAUACUUACCUCGAUUACUCCAUUACGAAUUUUUUAGCUGCUUUGAUCAUUGCUUUAACUCUUGGUGAGAUUGGAGAGAGCUCAUAUGAUCAUCCGAACUUUAGGCAACAACUUUAUCAGGAUAAUUGGCCUUCUGUCAUGUAUGCAAUGGCGGGUGGUAUAGUACUGAGUCUGGGGAAUCUUUCUACUCAGUAUGCUUUUGCUUUUGUUGGUUUAUCAGUUACAGAAGUGAUCACUGCAAGUAUAACAGUUGUUAUAGGUUCAACCGUGAACUACUUUCUUGAUGACAAAAUUAAUAGAGCUGAGGUACUUUUCCCCGGUGUUGCUUGCUUUUUGAUUGCGGUAUGUCUUGGCUCUGCUGUUCACUCAUCCAACGCAGCUGAUAACAAAGAAAAACUGCAAAGUUUGCCAGCGGAUGCAGUAAAAGGGUUGAAGACAACUGAUGUCCCUUCAUUUUCAGGCAAGGACUUGGAAAGUUCCGAUUAUCUUUCACAAAAGGCAAAAGCUGGGACUGCGAACUAUUUGGUUGAACUUGAGAAUAGAAGAUCCAUUAAGGUGUUUGGGAAGAGCACAUUAAUUGGACUGUCCUUAACUUUCUUUGCUGGUGCUUGCUUCUCUCUCUUCUCACCGGCAUUCAAUUUGGCCACAAACGAUCAAUGGCACACUCUGAAGGAAGGCGUCCCCCACUUGGCUGUCUACACCGCAUUUUUCUACUUCUCGGUCUCGUGUUUUGUGUUGGGCGUCACUCUUAACAUUAUCUUCCUUUACCAACCUAUACUUAACUUACCCAAAACAACAUUCAAGGCGUAUCUGAAUGACUGGAAUGGUAGAGGAUGGGCCUUCUUGGCUGGUUUCUUGUGUGGGUUUGGCAAUGGUCUGCAGUUCAUGGGCGGUCAAGCUGCUGGUUAUGCAGCAGCAGAUGCUGUGCAGGCACUCCCACUCGUGAGCACGUUUUGGGCAAUCCUUCUAUUUGGAGAAUAUCGUAGAUCAUCGAAGAAAACAUAUUCUUUGCUCGUGAGCAUGUUGGUUAUGUUUGCAGUGGCUGUUGUGGUACUAAUGGCUUCGGCGGGACAUCGAAAGGAAAGUAGAGUUGCAAAAUCUAUAGAACAGUGAAAAAGUACAGUCCAUGGCAAACGCCCUUAUAAUUAGGGACCGAUAAACUGAAAAAACAGCUAUUGCUUUGGAUACCAUAUUAAACCAAAACGAAAUGAACUCUAGGGCGACUCGAGGGCGAGCAUCGUGACAGCAAAGGUGUGGUUUGAAUCAGUUGUAAGAGGUAAUCACAGUUCUAAAUGUAAAUAAUGUAUACACAGUUUAUUAGAAAAGGAAUUGGUUUUCUGAGUAUCAUAGAAGUGGAAAACAUUUGUAUUUAUGAUACGAUUUUAACGUUUCUAUGAUAUUAUUAAAUUGGUGUGAUGCCUUU